AUGGGUAUCAGUCGUCGUCCGAAGGGGAAUAAUAAUGCCUCUGGCGCAGAGAGUGCCCCGUCGGGGAAGCCGAAUAUCCAGAAGGCCCAGUUCGAUACAACCAAGAAGAAGGAAGUGGGCGUGUCAGAUCUUACUUUGAUCAGUAAGGUCUCUAAUGAAGCAAUCAACGAGAAUCUUAAGAAGAGAUUUGAUAAUAAGGAAAUCUAUACAUACAUUGGCCAUGUGCUUGUUUCUGUCAAUCCUUUUCGAGAUUUGGGAAUUUACACAGAUGCAGUCUUGGACAGUUACAAAGGCAAGAAUCGGCUGGAGAUGCCACCUCAUGUCUUCGCCGUUGCCGAAUCUGCCUACUACAAUAUGAAUGGUUAUAAAGAUAAUCAAUGUGUUAUCAUUUCAGGAGAAUCUGGAGCGGGAAAGACCGAGGCAGCAAAGCGAAUCAUGCAAUACAUAGCCAAUGUUUCUGGAGGCAGUAACUCAUCCAUUCAGGAGAUUAAGGACAUGGUACUGGCGACGAAUCCAUUGCUAGAAUCUUUUGGUAAUGCGAAAACAUUACGGAACAACAACUCCUCUCGUUUUGGAAAAUACCUCCAACUGCAAUUCAAUGCGCAAGGUGAACCGGUGGGCGCGGACAUAACAAAUUACCUUCUCGAGAAGACGAGAGUAGUCACUCAGAUCAAGGACGAGCGGAAUUUCCACAUUUUCUACCAAUUCACAAAAGGGGCUUCGCAAGCAUACAGGGAGAAUUAUGGUAUUCAGCAACCGUCGCAGUAUCUUUACACAAGCAAAGCCGGGUGCUUUGAUGUUGAUGGAAUUGACGAUCUCGCCGAAUAUCAGGAUACUUUGAAUGCCAUGAAGAUUAUUGGUUUGUCGCAAGCUGAACAAGAUGAGAUAUUUCGCAUGCUAGCUGCUAUCUUGUGGACUGGAAAUAUUCAAUUUCGCGAAGAUGAAGAUGGGUAUGCUGCAGUUGUUGAUCAAUCAGUUGUUGACUUCCUGGCAUACCUGUUGGAUUGCGAUGCAGGUCAUGUUAUUCAAGCUAUCACCAUUAGAAUUCUUACUCCUCGGAACGGGGAAGUUAUCGAAUCACCCGCGAAUGUUCCUCAAGCGCUGGCCACGAGGGAUGCUCUCGCUAAAGCAAUAUAUAACAACCUCUUUGAUUGGAUCGUGGAGCGUGUCAACAAAUCCCUUACUGCUCGGUCAGCGACAUCGAACUCGAUAGGUAUUCUCGAUAUUUAUGGUUUUGAAAUUUUCGAGAAGAACAGUUUCGAGCAGUUGUGUAUCAACUAUGUCAAUGAGAAAUUGCAACAGAUCUUUAUUCAGCUAACACUGAAGACUGAACAAGAGGAAUAUGCCCGGGAACAGAUCCAAUGGACGCCAAUCAAGUACUUUGACAACAAAAUUGUUUGUGAUUUGAUCGAGUCUACAAGACCACCAGGUAUAUUUUCCGCCAUGAAAGAUGCCACCAAGACAGCCCAUGCCGAUCCAGCCGCAUGUGAUCGUACUUUCAUGCAGGCAAUUGGCGGAAUGUCAAACCCUCAUCUGACCCCUCGACAAGGCAAUUUCAUUGUCAAGCAUUAUGCUGGUGAUGUGAGCUAUACAGUAGAGGGAAUUACAGACAAGAAUAAGGAUCAACUUCUCAAGGGCUUACUCAACCUGUUCGGACAAAGCAAAAAUCAGUUCAUUCAUGAACUAUUCCCCCACCAAGUCGAUCAGGACAACAGAAAACAGCCUCCAUCUGCCGGUGAUAAGAUAAAAGCCUCGGCAAAUGAUUUGGUGGCAACAUUAAUGAAGGCAACGCCAUCGUAUAUCCGUACCAUCAAGCCUAACGAAAAUAAAUCACCAACUGAAUACAAUGAAAAGAAUGUUUUACAUCAAGUCAAGUACCUUGGUCUACAAGAGAACGUCCGUAUCCGUCGUGCCGGAUUUGCAUAUCGUCAAACAUUUGACAAAUUCGUUGAACGAUUUUAUCUACUUUCCCCUAAAACUUCUUAUGCGGGCGACUACAUAUGGACAGGAGAUUCAAAAACUGGAGCAAUGCAAAUUUUGAAAGAUACUAACAUACCUGUUGAAGAAUAUCAGAUGGGUGUGACUAAGGCAUUUAUCAAGGCACCUGAAACCCUGUUUGCCCUAGAACACAUGCGUGAUCGCUACUGGCACAACAUGGCUGCCCGUAUUCAACGUGUAUGGAGAGCGUUCUUACAAAUCAGAAUCGAAGCAGCCACCCGAAUCCAAAGGAUGUUCAGGAAGAAGAGAGAGGGUAAAGAGUUUUUAGAGUUGAGAGAAAAGGGUCACCAAAUUCUACAAGGCCGCAAAGAGAGAAGAAGAUACAGUCUCCUAGGCUCAAGACGUUUCAUGGGUGAUUAUCUUGGAAUUGCAGCAACCACAGGACCUGGAUCAAAAAUACGCGGUUCAAUCAAUCUGCCAGCUAACGAAAUCACCCUUUUCUCCUGCCGUGGUGAGAUUCUCGAGACAAAAUUCGGUCGAUCGAGUAAACUUAGUCCCCGCAUCUUCAUUAUGACGAAGGCGAAGUUCUACAUAGUUAGCCAGCAACUUGUAAAUAAGCAGGUUCAAAUCGCAGUGGAAAAGGCUAUUCCCCUUGGAGCUAUCAAAUUCGUUAGUGUAUCAACUUGUCGGGAUGAUUGGUUUUCCCUGGGCAUAGGCUCACCACAGGAAGCGGAUCCGCUUCUUACCUGCGUUUUUAAGACCGAACUGUUUACCCAUAUGCAAGGAGCAAUGCCUGGUGGCGGUUUCAAUCUUAAAAUAGGGGAUUCAAUCGAGUAUGCCAAGAAGCCUAAUAAAAUGCAGUUAAUCAAGGUGAUCAAAGACUCUCAACAGGCUCAAGAUCAUUACAAGAGUGGUACUAUUCACACUCAAGCAGGCGAGCCACCCAAUUCGCGAUCAAAGCCUUUGCCAAAGGGCAAGCCUGUGGCGCCGAAACCAUUCACCUCGGGGCGUCUUAUUAAGCCUGGAGGGCCAGGAGGACGACCCUCAAAAUUGACAAACGGAAACCGACCAACUCCCAAGCCUGUUCCUUCACCUGCUGCGGCAAGACCUGUACCUACACCUGCUGCAGCAGCAAGGCCGAUACCCGCAGCCAACCCUAUUGCAGCCUCUAUUCCAGUGCAUACAAGGAAUCCUUCUUUACAAUCAGCACAAUCUACGAGAGCUGUGCCCCCUCCUCCUCCACCCGCCCCACCUGCUCCUCCCCCGGCUCCAGCAUCGAAAGAACCUCAAUACCGCGUUCUCUACGAAUUCGCUGGACAGAGUGCCAAUGAGUUCUCCCUCAAGCAGGGUGAGAUAGUGACUGUUCUCCAAAAGGAGACAAAUGGCUGGUGGCUCACCAAGAAUGUCCGUGGUCAAGGCUGGGCACCCACUGCUUACCUCGAAGAAGUUGCGCCGCCACCGCCACCACCUGUCGCCUCUCGUCCAACACCACCACCUCCCCCUGGACCUCCGAAGAUGAACGGUGCAAACGGCGCUGCGGUUCGCUCUAAGCCUACUCCGCCUGCACCGCCUGCCAAACGUCCAGUAGCGGGUAGGAAACCAGCUCCUCCUCCUGCACCCCGCGAUUCUGGAAUGAGUAUUUCUAGUAAUGGAAGUGGUAAUAACAGCGGUCGGAGCACUCCCACCCCAAGCUUGGCUGGUGGACUAGCUGAAGCUUUGCGAGCGAGGCAAAGCGCAAUGCAAGGAAAUGCUAAAAAAGAAGACGACGAUGAUUGGUAA